AUGAGCUUCCCAGGGAGGCUUUCCUGGGUCGUGCUAAGGAAGCAAGUCCCGAUCUUCUACGCCGAGGAGAAAGAUCAGGAAGACGAGAUCAUGGCCAAGGCGAGCAAAGAUUGGGGUGACAUCGAGGACGGGUCCUGGAUGCUCGACCAGUUCUCCCUCGACUUCCACCUCGUUCAGCCCCCGGAGCUCUCCACCUUGUCCCUGCGCGCCAAGGCCGAGUCGCGCGAGUACGGCGGCAUCACGUGCCUCCUCGAGUCCGUCAUGGAGAACUUCCUCGUCAUGGCUCUGCUGUUCGGCAACAGCUUGUACUGGCUCGUCUAUGACGCCGCCAAGAACUCGCUCUCGCUGCUCCCCGCCACCAUGGAUUCCGUCCUCGCGUUGGAAGAUGACAAGUCCUUGCUCCCCCUCAGGCAACCUGCUGUCCUGCCACGCGACGACGGCUCCUGCGAUCUGCUUGAUGUAGGACUCUGCUUUGAUGGACCCGGCGAAGUGUUGCCGCGGUCGUGCAUUCUCUUCCGGUGGUCGAACCGUGGCCCUGGCAAGACGUGGACGAAGCAGCAGGCGCGCGUUAUCCCGCAUGCCCCGCUGACACUGACGGCCCAAUGCCCUGUUUCGCAUAUUUACCAAGCAGACGUGGUCUUCACUUUCAACGGGAAGGUUUUCUGGGUCGACCUCGAGAUUGGCGCCAUUGUCUCCACCGGUACCACCACCGAAGACGGCGAACUGGACUUCAUCCAGCUUCCCCACGAGUGCCAAGGCAGUGACUUCUCCCGCAGUUACCCCAACGAGCGCCGGACCAUGGGUCCAGUUGGGAACUCCAUAAAGCUCAUCUCCAUUGUCACCACCAACGGCGACAACCCCGGCAACAACACAGACCCUGCCGACGUCAUGCUGCGGAGCUGGACUUUGUCGCCAGACCUCCGCUCAUGGACUAGAGACGACGACAUGGAGCUUCCCUUGCCGCUACUAUGGGCCUCGGAGGCCUACAAGCGCGAGAGGCUGCCACAGGCCAUGCCGCGGAACCCAGUCCUCAAGGCCGAUGAGGACGGCGUCCUCUACCUCUUGCUGGGAGAUUACUACGUGGAUUUGGAUACAAUGGUCCGGCUAUGCAGGGAGAUUGAGUGCGUGAUCAGCAUCAACAUGCACACCAAGUCUCUCCUAUCCCGCAGCCAUCGUCCAAUCAAAGAUGGCUUGCCACCCAUGUGGCGCCAAGACAGAGACCAGCCUUCCAAAGGUUUCCGUCCUAAUAUGCCUUCCCUGUUUGCCGCCAAGUUCUGCCCGAGCCACACUGGAUGGUCUGAAUCUGAUGGUCUUCUGCCCAAGAAAAAAAGGAAUCAUCUAAUAGAUGGUAAUUUGAAUCUGAAUCUACUAUUGCCACUCCUCCUCCUACUCCUACUUGGUGUUAUUUGUGCACAUUAUGCUAGAUUGAUGACUAGCGUUGGUUGAUCAACCGUGAUUUAUGCUUGACUGCAUUGUUAGGGGCUGUUCUUCUUUUUGAAGAAUUUAGAUGAUGUCCUUGAUACUUCUUGGUGACUAGUCUAACAAUGCUAUAUUUGCUACUGCUUGCAGCCGUGUAGCUCUUGCUUCUACUGUUGUGGUUAAACUUGUAAUUGCUGUAAACUUGUAUAUGUCGUAAUGGUCUCGAUGAGGGGUUGAAUCCUCUUGUCUUGUUAUCAUGUUCUGCUGCUGAAUCAAGCCCGAGACGUUUUGCAGAGCUCGUUGUGCCUACAUGAUGCUGCGAACAAAGAGCAGAGUGAAACAAAACAGCUUAUAAAUUUGUAGUAAAAAGAAAAAAAAUAUCAUUUCCUACGUACAAGAAAA